GUAACGCCAAGAACCAAACUUUAACCAUUUUUGGUUCAUUUUUUAAAGCGUUUUGCUACCAGUUACCCGGCGUUUUAAGGGGUUUGUGGCGUUGCUCGUUAGCUCCGGGAUUUUUUCCCUCUUGUGUUGGUCGCUGCUGGAGGAGGGGUUGGUUGGUUGGCGAACCUUGCCAAGCUAACGAGCGACAUUACGCAGACUGGCUAAACAAGUUUAAAUAAAGGCCCCUUAAAGCUGCUACUGUGGGAGGAAACGAGAGAAAAAGCUCAGAAAAAAAGAAGUAGAGGAAAUCCCCCGAAAGGAAAUGCCAAUCGCAACCGCUGGACAGCCAACGACUCAGGAGCCCAGAGUUUGCCCCCGGCUGCCCUCCACCCCGGAGCCUGUCCCUAAAGGGGCUGAUUUAUUCGAAGAGGCGGGGGCGGCGGAGUCGGCGGAGCGUACAGAGUACGGGGCCGCCGAGGGGGGCAGAGCGGUGUUCGGGGGCUUCAGUUUCAGCCACAGCGGCGCUCGGAGCUUUGUACAGCCCGGUUCGACCAGCGGCUCUCCGCCGCAGUCCCCGACCGCCGCCUCCUCCUCGUUCCUCCUCCACCUUUCUCACUCCCACCAAAUGACUAUGGAGCCCCCUCGGACUCGAUCGCGUUCUCGGUCUGGAUACUACCAGCAGUACGGGGUUGGGAGUAACAACACCGGAGUUGCGGUGUCCAGCCACCACCAACACCACCACCACCUCCUCCACCAGCAGCAGCAGCAGCAGCAGCAGCAGCAGCAGCACGGAGCCGCCUGCGCCCCGCUCGGAGCUCACAGCAAUCACCCGGAGAACCAGCAGCGAGCACCGGGAAGCAACGCCCCUCCCGGCAUUCACCGGCUCCCCUCGGUGCCCGGUGCGCACCACAUCCCGAUGACAGGGGCUUCUGGUGGAGCUUAUCACUGCCACCCUGACCAUGCAUAUGGAGAGGAGAGGGAUAAGAGUGAGGAAAGCCCCAGUCCGAAGCGCCAGAGGCUGUCCAGUCAGUCCGUUUUAGAGCAGCUGACCUCGUCUGCGCCUCUGCCAUCUACGCCGUCGCCCCCCAUCCGCCCAUGGGAGUCGGGACCUACGAGUCGGCGGCAACCUCACCCUCACACACACUACCACCAGGAGAGGUGCCUCACUCCUCCACGACUCCGACGCAGUCCGCCUGCGAGGCGCCAACGCGGCCGUCUCUCCAGGCCGUCCCGCCACCCUCCUCUUCAUCACCAUCCCUCCGCUCAAGGACCUACAACUCGCCCGUCACCGUCUGAGCGUCAGGACGAAAACUACCACCACAUCCCCCUGCCCUUGUCACAUCAGACGUACCCGGCACACACUCCAAGCACUUAUCCUCAGCCCCCCACAGCCGGCGUAGGAGGCCGAGGUUCUGAGGAGCCCCGAGCCUUCCACCCCCCAACGUUAUCGUCGCAACUGUUGCACCCGGCUGCCCAUCAUCACCCCCAUCAUCACCUUCCUCACCAUCAGCAACAGCAUCACGCAACACAACAGCAGCAAGGAGCCAUGGUGUUGGACUUGCACGAUCGGCUGCAGCAGGGCAACAUACCCGUCUCCUACACAGUGACCCCUGUCCCUCCACACGGCCUGGCAGCACCUCUGUGUAGCGGUCAGCACAUUCCCCCCUCCUGCUCCUCUCAGCAGCAGGUUCCCACCUGUAGUGUGGUCUUCAGCGCUGGACAACACUACCAUCCGAUGCUACAGGCAUGUUCAAUGCAUCAUUUGCCGGUUUCCUAUGCGUUUCCCUCACUACUGUCUAGUGACCCUCAGUUCCUGAUUUCUCCCCCACCUCAUCUCUCCCACCAUCCGCCCCACCUGCCCACACAGUUCCUGCCUUUUCAGACUCAACAGCCAAGAUCGCCCUUACAGAGGAUUGAAAACGAGGUUGAUAUAGGGGGAGAGCAGCUCCCUGUUGGAGGAAGCUUCAGCUACGCCCACCAUCACCACCACCACCAGCCUCCCUCCACCCUGCCGCCUUCCACUCCGCUCCAGUUCCUUUCACACCAUGACCCCCUGUCGCAAGAUCUUUUCACACUGCCAUAUCCCCACUUUAUGCCUCGGCGAUUCGCCAGUCGCCGUUACCGCUCGCAGCAGGCCGUGCCCCCGUCUCCGUACCACCCCAGCUUCCUGCCUUACUUCUUGUCAAUGCUUCCUGUUCCCCCGAACGUGGCCCCUGCUAUCAGCCUAGAACUGGAUGUGGACGAUGGAGAGGUGGAAAACUAUGAGGCCCUGUUGAACCUCGCCGAGCGUCUGGGGGAAGCCAAACCCAGGGGUCUAACCAAGGCAGAUAUAGAACAGCUUCCAUCAUACAGGUUUAACCCCAACAACCAUCAGUCGGAGCAAACACUAUGUGUCGUUUGUAUGUGUGACUUCGAGUCCCGCCAGCUCCUCAGAGUUCUCCCCUGUAAUCACGAGUUCCACGCCAAAUGUGUUGACAAGUGGCUUAAGGCUAACCGCACCUGCCCUAUCUGUCGAGCCGAUGCCUCUGAGGUCCAGAGGGACUCUGAGUGACCUCAGACAACCACAAUCCCCAAGCCCUGUUUUGGAUCCGUAAACCAUAAAAAGUGAACCGACGUAUUCCGUCAAACAACUGGGACCACUGCACAUGAAACAGCAUUUAGGUGUCAAAACCUGCUGCUUAAUCUUUCUUACUUUAUCCUUGGACUUCUGAAGCCUUCUGUUUUGUUUAACUCAUCUUCUAGUCUGGCAUCUUCUGACGGUUGCUGUGAAUUACUUUCUUAACACACCCAGCUGCAAAUCCACUUUUAAUGUCAUCAUGAAUACCUUUCCAUUUCUCAACUACGUGUAAUUGUUUUCAAGGAUGCAUUUGUUAAAAAUGGGUUUUCCAAGGAUUAUGACAAACAUUUUAAUCCAGCCUUGGUAUUUUGUGGUGAAAACAAAACUCUGCUCUUUGUAAGGGAGUUGAACCGAACGCAAGAGAUUGAUUUCUCACUAUCCUUGUUUUCCUCACGGUUAAAGCAGCCUGUUUGGAGGGAAACAAAGAUUUAUUUCACUGUGUGGAAUGACAAUAAAAUACUUUGCACAGACA